AUGUUUGUCGAUACGGUCUUGUUCUACGCGUUCUUAUUGGUCGUUUGCUAUCUGGUGUGGGGCAACAAAGCGCGUGCGAUCCAGCCGAACCGACCCGAAAACUUAGCGAACAACAACGAGGAACACCCCGAAGCACCCGCUCUAGCGCCCGGAUUGAGCGAUGAAGAACUAGAAGGUCUAACUGCGCCCAAGAUCUUAGGCUCCAAUCUAGUCGAAACUAUACUCGGUCGUCUCGCAGCAGCAACUUUCCAUGAUCCAAACCGCCUUUACCUGCCGGAAAACGCGAUCAAGGAGGUCAUCGUCCAGACAGCGAUCGAGCAGGAGCUGGCUAAAAUUGAGAAGUCUCCAAUAGAGCAGACCGCUAAGUGGGAUCGUGAACGUCGGUAUCAGCUCGCGACAUGGAUCCAUACCAAGGCCCCCAAGGUGGCGCUGAAGGAGCUUAAAGUACCACAAGGAGAAAAGGAAGCUGCUGGAACCGACCGGGCCUGGAAUUUCGAAGCUACUGCUCUCGAAGCCAUCAGGAAGCUCAACCAUACCCAUAUCGUGAAGUGUAUAGCAGCUAUUCGAAGAGGUCACAGCCGCUACUUCAUGUUUCCCUGGGCCAACGGGGACAGCUUGCGUGACUUUUGGGACCACACGCCACGAGAGGCCCCAGAUGCUUGUAUCAUCGAACACACCAUCGUUCAACUUAGAGGCAUUGCCGAUGCAUUGGACCAACUACAUAAUUUCAACAGCGGGCGGCCAGAACAGCAUAGCGGAGCCGAUGGCUUGACGAUACGAGUGAACGACCCAAACGCUGCGGAAUCGUAUCCGAGCGGCGGAAGUGAUGCCGGUAGCGAUAACGGGAUUGACAACGGGGUGGAUGAAUACAAGAAUGCGGGCAAUGCCGAGUCCAUCAGGCAUGGUGAUUUAAAGCCGGAGAAUAUCCUAAGAUUCCUCACCAAUGGAUCUAAGUCUGGCCUGGGGACCCUGAAGAUCGCAGAUAUGGGCCUGGCCAAGCGACAUGUAGUGGCUACGCAGUACAGACCGAAGCCUACAAGCACCAGAUACGGUACCCGACGGUACGAAGCGCCUGAAACUGUUACUGGUCAGAAUGCACGCUCCCGGCUCUACGACAUCUGGUCAAUGGGAUGCAUCACUUUUGAGUUCAUUAUCUGGAUCUUAUACGGCAAUGACGAAUUGACCAACUUCUACAAACAGAUUGAGGGAAAUGCACAACAGAUCUGCCAGUACUACGAAGUCUUGGACGCGAGCGAACCGGAAAGUGCUAGAGUUCACCCUGUGGUCUUGAAGUGGAUGGAGCACAUUCAGAACAAAGAUCCGGAGUGUUCAGCAGGGCGAACAUCAGCGAUCAAAGAUUUGCUCAAGAUUGUACGCGAGAUGUUACUAGUCGUCAAUCUUCCUCCUAACAGGAAGAGUGAUACCCUGAGUGGUCGACUCCUUCAACCUCCAGCACUCGGUCAAUCUGUUACAAGCUAUCGAGCUACGGCUUCGCAGUUUCGGGACGAACUUGACGUUAUAUUGAGGAAGCGACACAUGUCCACUUACAUGUUCACUGGCAAAGACCGCACCAACGUCAGAACGCCAACCUUCACGGCCCCAAUGCUAUCGCCGAACAGUGCUAAUCUUCCACUGAGCAGCCUACCACCUCCAGGGUCGCUCAAGAGUGGAGUUCUCGGCCGACCUAUUGGCGCUGACUACACCCUUCCGCCUCUCAAAGAUUGGGAGUUUAAUAUCGAUAAUGAAUUCGCUCAUAAAGUCGUCGCAAUUGUCGACGGACAGGAAUUUAUCCCGCAAACAAACAUCGCUCAUCGACUUUGUGCCGCGUGCUCCGCGCGUGACUUCCUACAAGGCGGUUUCAGCAUCGAAGAGCGGGUGUCAACGUUGGAAGACCGUGCACCGGAAUGCGAUAUGUGCAGAAUGCUGUACGAGAUCCAUAACCAAGCCGAAGAGCCCAAAGGAGAUCCGGCGGUGUUCCAGCGAGACCAAUCGAACAUCAUUUUGACGGGCGACUCGUAUCCUGUUCUUUCUCUAAUCAGAAGUCCAGAAACGGACCUUCCGUGUCCAAUCCAAAUUGGCUUCCCAGAGCUCCCAGAAGCGGGAUCAGACGCGUUCUUCAGUAUCAUAACGCUUUGGCUCAAAGAUUGCGAUACGAAUCAUACAGGAUGUGAGGGGCUAUACCAUAGCCUGCCGACAAGACUCCUCGACGUGGGUACUCUCGAUACGCCUAUGUUGCGCCUUGUCGAGACGAAGCGAGAGCAGAUCCUAAGCAAACAGUACAUCGCACUGUCACAUCCCUGGGGAGACACCACGAAGUACACACCGUUUUGUACUCUGCCAGAGAACCUAGAGCAGUAUCUUGAAGCCAUUCCCGAAGGCGAGCUUCCAGCAACCUUUCAUGACGCCGUCAACUGCACGCGGAAGAUUGGCAUCCGCUAUUUGUGGGUAGAUUCGCUCUGCAUCAUCCAAGGUGAACACGGAGACUUCAACGAGGAGUCUAAGAACAUGGAGGCAGUCUUUAGUGGAGCAUAUUGUGUAUUCGCUGCAAGCCGAGCGAGCAAUCAACGUGAUGGCUUCCUUGACCCUAGGCCGCAGCGUGAGUAUAUCACCAUUCAGCGAGACAACGAAAAGCCCUUCUUCGUCUGCAAGACUAUCGAUAACUUCAGUAAAGACGUUAUCGAGGGGUCUUUGAACAAGAGAGGUUGGGUGUUGCAAGAGCGCGCGCUGUCACGACGGACCAUCUACUUCACGGAGAACCAGACAUACUUCGAGUGCGGUCAAGGUGUUCGAUGCGAAACCCUGGCCAAACUGCACAAGUAA